AUGAGUAAUACCAACGACGAUAAUGGUAUAAAGUUAUUUGAUCGCAAAUUUGUGGCAACCAAUUUGCGAAAUGAACUGCGUUGUCCAAAAUGUUUGCACAGCUUCGGCUCCAAUUUUCAACGUAAUAAUGGCGGACUUGACAACUAUCGUCCGUUUUUGCUGCCUUGCGGCCAUAACAUAUGCGAAAAUUGCUUAUCGAAGCAAUCGAAACAUCGCCAGCAUUCAGAUUUUAAAUGCGCAGUCUGCUUUAGUCCAGUGGUGCCCACAAUUAAGGCCAAGGAUCCGAAUAUGAAGCACAUGGGCAAUUUGCGUGAUUAUUAUGAGCUAAGCUACCAUGUGCUGGGCGAAACACAUUCGCUCAUUUACUAUCGUCGCUUUGACCAGGACCAGUCUGUUAAUAAAUCCAUAAGCUGCAACGCUCUCAGCGAUAUUGUGCUCGAGACCAAGUGCAGUGAAUGCAGCUACAGUGUGGCCCAUGGCGAGUGCAAGGACUGCGAUGCGUUCUACUGCAAACGUUGCUUUGAGACCGUUCACAAUCACAGCAACGUGCUAAAGAAGCAUCUGCUACAGCGUCUUAAUGAUAAAGGAGCCACUGCCAAGGGCAUACGUGUGGGCAAGCAUGUUUAUCGCCUACCCGGCGUGCUGCAGUGCAGCAUUCACAAUAGACCCGCUAAUAUCUAUUGUAAGGUAUGCCAACGUACCAACUGCGAUGCCUGCACGGCCAAAUAUCAUGCUAGUCAUAAAACUUGCUCGAUUAUUGAAAUGAAUCAACGCUACACCACCGAAGUGCCCUCUACAGUUAACGCUCUUAAUACUGCAAUUUUGGAAAUUAAUAAUGCACAACAGCUGCUGCGCAGCACUAAAAAGAAGCUCAGCGACUUUGCUGCUGAAACGCUGACCAACAUCUCCAAGCAUUUCCGCUUGCUACACUGUCAACUGCAAAAUGCUCAGCUGCAAGCAAUUGAACAAUUACGCGAGAGCAGUCUGCCAACCCAAAUGCAACUGAAUGGCGCCAUGAGCCAGCUGAAUGGCUACGAGAGUUUGCUUAAGCGACUGCGUCAAAUGCUUUUAAAUGAUGAUGCACAUUCAAAUAUUUGCCUUAAGCAAGUUAUAGAAUUGAUUGAGGAGCAUUUGGAGCGCAUACCAACCACUAUAGACGUCAGCAAAUUUGAAGCCAAUCCGUAUCACUAUAGCAGCGCUAAGGAUAAGCUUAAUGAAUUGUUUCGCCAGCCAAUUGUGUGCAAAUUUGUUGAUCCGCAUAUCAAAGUGCGUUUUAGCAAUCAGCAUGGACAGCUGAGCAACUCAACGUCGAGCAUGAGCGUGGACAAGAAGAAGAAACCAGCCAGACGUGUCAAAGCUGCUAACGGCGGCGGCAACAGCAGCAGCUACUCCAGCAGCGAUUCGCUGCACUUGGCCAUAUCUCAAACGGAAACCGCUCAGCAGCUGCUGCGCAGUUUUACAGCUUUGGACAUAAGCAAUGCAAGCUCUGGCGCUGCUGCGCGUCCAGCGUGGUUCAAAUCGGAUACGCUGGUGUUUGUGCGUUCGAUCAAGUCUCCCGAAGAUUUCUAUGUGCAGUGCGAUGCGUUGGCGCAGCGCAUACGCGAGCUGCUGGCGAAUUUUGUUACAACGCCCGCCUGUCUGCCGCCUGCAGAGAUUAUUGUGGGCCAGCAGUAUCUAACAGCUGAGCAGCAAACAGAUAUUGAGCGUUGGCAUCGCGCGCUGGUUUGCCAAAAGUCGCAGCAGCUUGAUGUCUACAAUGUGUUGCUACCGGACAGCGGACAUAAGUAUCAAGUGCAUAGAAGCAACUUUCGUCAAUUGCCGCACAACUUGAGCAACGUGCCAUAUGCUGCAGUCGCUUGUACGCUUAGGCAGCUCAUGCCCAACGCUGGCACUGAAUGGACUGCAGAGUCUAGCGCAUUGCUCAAGCAAAUUGUGCAGAACAAACCCGUGCAUGUGCACAUUGUGCGCGCUCUGAGCGAUGAGCGCUUUGAAGUGGAUCUGAUUACAAACAGCUAUGGCGCUCAUGUGUCAGUGCGCGAAUCUUUUUUAUACACAGGCCUAGCGCGUUCGCGCUCAGGCUCAAGCUGCCAGUCGUCGCAUCAUUUAAUUGCAAUGCCAUCGCAACGUCUGGCCAACUAUGAACUGCAUGCGGGCGAUGUGCUAAUGAUACAAAUGCUAACAGUGGAGCAUCCACAGGACUUUCAUGUCAUACCCAACGAGCUGCUGGGCAAAUGCCAGCAACUGCAGGCGGAGCUGCAGCAAAUAAUGGGACGCAUGCAGCUCAGUCAAUUGGAUCCCAUAUUUCUGGGCAGUCUGCAGCUCUGCUGUGUGCUGCAGUUCCAGGGAGCAUGGCACCGCGCUCGCAUUGAGGAGCUGCUGCCCGAGGGCUAUGUGCUGGUGCGCCUAGUGGACAGUGGUCUGGUGCAGAAACGCUUCUGGGAUCAGUUGUUUGUGCUGCCAGCACAGUUCAGAGUACAAGAAUUCUCGACGCGCUGCGCGCUGGCGGAUGUGGAAACAUUGCAGCAGCAUGGCUAUGAGUGGACUGAAGAUGCCAUCCUGAGCUUUAAGCAGCUCACCUCCAAUCCAAAGCUUUGCAUGGAGGUCAUAAGCAUGCGCGACAAUGUGGCCAAGGUGUCAUUGCAUAUAACGCGCUACGUCAACGGCGAGAUCAACAACAACAACAGCAACACCAACACCAAUGUGGCUGUGCAGCUGGUGAGCGAGCAGCAUUGCGUGUCCAGCGGUGAAAGCAGUCGUAUGGUAACUGCUGCGCCAGCUGCGCCUAAAUUGGAUGAGGACAUGCUGCGUUUUCUGGAGCAAGCAAAGCAGCAGCCGCUGCAGCCGUCGUCGUCUCCAGCUCAACAGCAAUUGGAUAAAACACAACGCACUGCUAUUGAAAUGCUUUAUGUGAAGCAUCCCAACGAGUUCUAUGUAACACUGCCGCGCUUCUUAAGCGUCAUUGCUCAGCUGCGUCAGACUGUGCAAGAGCAAGCGGCUGAAAUGUACGAACGCAAUGCUACCAGGUACGAUUGGACAGCGGGUGAAAUGUGCUACGUGCGCGUAAAGGCCUCAACAGAUCUGGAGUUGCUUUGGCAUCGCGGCCAAAUUGUUAAACAAACUGCAGCUGGAGACUUUGAAGUGCAGCUACGCGACAUUGGCGAAGUGGCGCCAGCAGUGCCUGCCAGCUGUUUGACUAGCAUAAGCGCAAAUCUGUCGCGCGUCUCCAGCAGCGCAGUGCGUUGCCAACUGUAUGACAUACGCUCAAUGGACGAAGAGUGGUCCGCUGCUGCUGUCGAGUUCUUCAAGGCACAAGUGCAGGCAUACAGCUCGCUGCUGCUUACGCGCCAUGAACGCGUUGAUAAUGUAUUCAGUGUUACCUUGUGGGGUGCGCAUAGCGAGAUUUUGGGUCCAUUUAGUCCCACGCGCAUACGUUAUACAAACAUUGGCGACGCGCUCUUCGACAUGGGCUGGGCCUUGAGAAGUUUGGCGCAGCCACAAGCAGAGCAGCAAAGCUGCGAGACGCUGGAGUCAUCGCUGGAUGCCAGCUUAGAGAGCUGUCUGCAUCACAUCGAUAACAUUGCUGCUGCGCGUGCGACGCAGCUGGAGCCGCUGCGUAGUGCAGGCUUUGAAUACAAUGAUGAGAUGCCGCCGCUGGAGCUGCUCAAUGAUCUCAAUGCAGAUGCUUUAACCACAGGCUGCAUAUCCGCACCUGCCGCCUGGUUGCAGCCGCGUGACUGCAACAAAUGCAUUUUUACUGCUUUGCCCUCGUACGUGAACUACGAGUGCGAAGUUUAUCUAAGCCUGGCGCACGAUAAACUCUAUUUGCAUCAAAUGCGACAAUUGCUAUGCAACUGCUACAAGUCCAAGCUGGAGCAGCAGCAGCAGCAGCAGCAGCCUGCCAGCUAUGUCGUUGGCCAGCCCGUAGUGGUUAGCUAUCAUUUGGAUAAUUUACUAUAUCGCGGCAUUGUGCAGAGCAAGCUUAACGCCAAGGGCGAGCAUAAAGUCUUCUAUGUGGACUACGGCAAUGUGGAGAAAGUCAAGCCGGCGGAGAUGCUGCCCUAUGCACCAUUUCCCAAACUGCGUGCCAUGUGCUGGCCUGUGGUUAUACAUGGCGUGCAGCCGCUGGAGCAACGUUAUUCCAUUAAGCUAAUGGAUGCAGUGCACAAGAACUUGGUCAUGAAGCUCUGCAGUGUGCGUGUAAUGGAGCCCAAUGGGCCCAAAGGUUUGCCACUAUGUCAAAUUAGAGUCGGCAGCUUGGACAUUGCCAAGAUGAUGGUGGAUCUUGAAAUGGCAGCGCCCAUGGAGCAGAGCAAUAAACUGCAACAGCAAACACUGGACAGCUUCAAGGUGUUUGAUGAGCUGCACGAAUUGGGGCAGUAUAGUGUGCUUAAUGAUACGACUGUGCCGCCCAAGAAAAAGUACAAGCAAAGCAGCGUGGAGCUGCCACCGCCGCCAUCGCUGGUUUUUGAAGAUGAUUUCGACUGCAAUAUGGCUGCAGCGCAGCCUAUGCAGACGAGCAUAGAGUUUGAGCUCGAAAGCGAUCAGAAUGACGAUUAUGAGAACGAGCAGGAUAACUUUUCAGAUGAAGGAGCGGAGCUCACGUACAAUAAUGACUCGUCAGCGUCUGAGCCGGAAGCGGAAGCGCCAAGUGCUAUACGACCACAACCACUGCCUGGCAUGGAUUUGCUGCGUCGACGUGAGGAGCUGCGCUAUAAGGAACGACUCGACACCGUGCGCUUCUCGCCCAUGGACACAUCAACGGAGCGCUCUUGUCAUGAAGGUGUUGGCGGCUUUAAACCGCAAUAUUUGCCGGCUGGCGUCAAGGAGUUCAAUUGCACUAUCGAUAAAGUCGUAAGCGCCACAGAGCUGCAAAUCUCGCCAAAGCUCACCGAGUUUGCCAAGCAGGAGCUGAGCUUAGCGCAGGAGACAAGCGCUUUGAUCAAAGAUGCCAAACCAUUGCAUCCUGUCAAACUGGAAGUCUUAUGCCUAGCGCGCUACGAAUUGGAUAAUCAAUGGUAUCGUGCCAUUAUCAAGGAAUUGAAUUCAUUUGCCCAGCAGGCCACCGUAUUCUAUAUAGAUUUGCAUGAAACUCUAAAAGUUUCCUAUUGCAAUCUGAAAACAAUGCCCCAACAGCUUUUUAUGUUUCCCCAGCGCUCGUUUCGCGUCAAACUGCACGGCAUCAAGCUAAACAAGAGCUUCAACGACUCCUCGGUGCGUCAGGCAUUGCAAGCCUGUCUCUGUCAAUACCCCAUCCUGUUUGCUCGUGUUAAUUUUCCAUAUAAUUAUCCUGCCAACAGUAGCGAUAUGAAUAGCAGUGAGCUGCUUUCGUCCAGUGAUUCGAUUCGUAAUGCACACAAGAUGCUCGAGGUCGAUAUAUUUGAGAGCAAAUUCAAAAAGGAUGUGAUCUACAAACCUCUCAUUGAAUGUCGUAUGUUCUUGCUCAAGAAGUAAUACAGUACAAAAUACUAACUAUUUACUACAAUAUAUUAAAUUUGACAAUAACAAUUAACUAUAUUACAUUU